AUUCAGUAAAGUACGUUUCAUUGAGUUCUGUGUCCUGCGCCUGACUUCAAUCCACCGCAUUACACUGACACACGUGACAGUAAAGCAUGCAUUUCAGAUGUGCAUGAAAAGCAAAGGUUCAAGGAUUUUGCUGGGGCUAUGAUUAUAGGCAGCUUAGUCAUAACAUAACACAAUGCAUGGGGAGCAGUGGAGUGCUUAGCUGCCUGGGUGAAGUCUGGCUGAGCAGGUUCCUUCUUAUUUGCAGAAGGGUAGCACACUGUGGAGGUGUACAGUUGGGACAAUGAUUGAUUGUGUUUGUAUGCAUGCACACUUUCGAACACAAAGAUACAAAUAUCUACCAAUACAAAGAUAUAGACUUACCAGGCAAUCUAUCUAUCUAGAGGAGACAUAACAUAGGAAAUGUACUAGGACACACAGUAGUUCCAGGAACGCAACUGGCACAGGCACAGCAGGUACAAGAAUGUGAUCAAACCAGAACUGUGUAGAGUAGACAUGCUAGGUAAAACUAAGUAUGUAGAGACAUGCUUCACAAACAGCUAAUGAUUGGCUUGGCGAUAUGUUUCCAUACAGGGUAGGUGACAGCAGUCACAACAAAAGAGGUGUGUGGUAAGAAACAGGUUCAGGCAUGUCUGUUUAUAGCUUCUCCACAGAAUGGCGUUAAAGGUAGGCCAUGGAUCUCUGUCUUGACUGGGUAUAACAUGGAGGACCUACUGUGCAUAGACUUACUUAUGUAAUGGCUUCUUGACUGUUAACGUGGCGUGCGUUGACGAUCAUGUGAGGAUGAUGGAUUUUAUACUUGGCCCAGUUUCAUCAACGCCUUUCAAUGCCUGGGGCAAGAGUUGAAAUAGCAUGAGUUUAAAUGUAUUUUCUAGUACUAAAACUUCCUUUCGAAGAGUUUUUACAAUGCUUGUUUUUUGAUUGGCAGCACUGAAAUGUAAAUUAAUGGACUUGGAUUGGGGUUGUAUUCCAUAACUGAUUGUUUAUGGCUUUGUCACAGCGUCGGACAACCAUGUUUGUUACUUUGGUUUUGAUGUGUAUUACGUUGUGUUUCUCCUGGGGUCUUGGUCGGUAGGACGGGAGGGAGCAGGGUGUGACUUUUGGGAACCUGGCUGGACAAGGGCCCUGGCUGCUUGGCUGUUUUUACCCAUUCCUGUCAAAGAAGCCUUUGUAUGGGAAGAACAGCACUGUGGGUAAUUGGCUGUUAAAAUAAUUUAGCAGAACUCUGUGUGUGCUGCCCAGUGCCUCAUCUUGUUGUUACGUAAUAGCGGCAAUCAAAUGUUCAAUAGAAUGGAAAUAAGAACACAUGCCCCCUGCUGGCCCACCACUUCAGUGCACUCGGUGCGUUCAAUUGAAUUGGGUUAAACGUGGACAGCAAUACAGACAGGCCUUUGUAGCUUGCUCUCCCAGAGGUUAGGAACAUUGGUCGAAAACGUGCAUGCCUCAUGGCCCCAUUAGCCAACCUCUUUGACCUGUAUUUAGGAUUCAGACGUGUUUUUGACAUAAUGUUGAGACUUGCACUGCAACAAUAGAACAUGGACGUGUGUCUGAAAGGGUUACUUAGAGGUUCUUUUAGGGAAAAUAAUGUGUGCUAUUCUCAAAAAAUUUGAGAAAUAUAAAAUUGAGGUCACAAUUGAUAUGGGAUUUUACAGUCUGUCAAGCGAAAAAAUACUACAAUUACUUAUCUACAUCGACUACAAAAUCCCUUUCAACUUGAUACAGUUGGAGGCCAUUUUGUUAACUCUCAGUGUACAGCAGAGUACAAAAGGUAUCCAAAACCAAUCAGCACGGAACGUCAAGAUUCCAAUGCGUGACAGGAACAGUGAUAUUGUUUAUGAAAGACGCCAUAGUUAAAGCACACUGAAGUGCGUGAGCUACCAUCAUGUAUCGAAUGGGGAGAUUAAAAUGGUGCUGCAGGUUCAGGGGAAUGUGACACAGAAUGGUAUGUGUAGAAUGACACCUUGUCUUCCCCUUGAAGUGUCCUUUGUCAAGGCCCUAGAGUUCUGGCCAGUCAGAUAAGACUCAUUGAAUGUAUCUUCAUAACAUUAACAGUAACUAGCUCAUUGUUGACAGAUUGUUACACAGUCAAAUCAGAGCAUACUUGUGGCCAUGACCUUUUUGACUGGACAUGUGCUACUUUGGAUCUUAUUAGGGAUCUUGUCACUAUAGGGGGCUAGUCAAAGUGUAAUUACAAAGAAAUGAUGGCUAGUUGAGACAACAUUGAAUGAUUGGUUGUAUGUUUGCUGGUUAUAAGGGCUUCCCGCCACAUCAGCAGCUCUGAAUAUACUUUCCUAUCUCUCCCUUUGCUGUUUUCUGCAGGUAUUUGCCCUAUAGUGUAAGGCUGAGAUACAGCACGCCAACCUACCGAGUACAACUGCUCUGCUUUGGACCGUGACCCCUUCCCCAGCCCCGCACCACUACAGCCGUAACCAUGGACCGCGUGGAGCUGAAGAAAGUCUGCACGGAGGCAGACGAUGACAGCACAGACAGUUUGGACGACCGCUUCACAGAGCCCAUCGACUCAGAGAAGGCCACCAUCAACAGUCACUUCCUGGAUGAGGAUGGAGAUGCAGAGAGCCACAAGUUUCUCACUAAUGGGAUUAUGAAGAAGAAGAAGUACGAGGAGUAUCAAGAAGAAUACCACCCUGGACAUACCUCCUUUGGUAUGUCGGUCUUCAACCUGAGUAAUGCAAUCAUGGGCAGCGGCAUUUUGGGUCUCUCCUACGCCAUGGCCAACACUGGCAUUGUGCUUUUUGUAAUCCUUCUCUUGGGUGUGGCCAUCUUGUCGUUGUACUCCGUUCACUUGCUGCUAGUGACUGCAAAAGAAGGAGGUUCUCUCAUCUAUGAAAAGUUGGGAGAGCGAGCUUUUGGCUGGCCGGGGAAAAUGGCUGCAUUUGGAUCGAUAACCCUUCAAAAUAUUGGUGCCAUGUCCAGCUACCUCUUCAUUGUAAAGUAUGAGCUGCCAGAAGUGAUCCGUGCCUUCAUGGGACUGGAGGAGAGCUCUGGUGAAUGGUACAUGAACGGAAACUACCUGGUUGUGUUUGUAUCCAUCGGUAUCAUCCUGCCUCUCUGUAUACUCAAAAACCUGGGCUACCUUGGCUACACCAGUGGCUUCUCCCUAUCCUGCAUGGUGUUUUUCCUGGGAGUGCUGAUCUAUAAGAAGUACAACCUCCCCUGCCCGAUGCCCUUCAUGUACCAUCAUACCAACCACAGUAUGAAUGGAACAGCCCUGGGGCCCCACGCCCUGCACAACGGCACCGUCCUCAUGCACUUCUCCAGAGCUGACAUGUCCCCCGCCCCCUACCUGGACAACCACCACACCUCAGGGGUCCGCUUCGAACCACACCCAGACGACGUGGAGGAGAUGUGCACGCCCAAGUACUUUGUGUUCAACUCUCAGACCGCUUACACUGUUCCCAUCCUGGCCUUCUCCUUUGUGUGUCACCCUGAAAUUCUACCCAUCUACAGUGAACUCAAAGAUCGCUCCCGGAGAAAGAUGCAGAACGUGUCCAACCUGUCCAUCUUGGCCAUGCUGGUCAUGUACAUGCUCUCAGCGCUGUUCGGCUACCUCACUUUCUACGAAAACGUGGAGGCGGAGUUGCUCCACACCUUCACCAAGGUGUAUAAGUUUGACACCAUGCUCCUGCUGGUCCGUCUGGCUGUCCUGACCGCUGUCACCCUGACUGUCCCCAUUGUUCUGUUCCCUAUCCGUUCCUCCAUCAACACGAUGCUGUUCAGCCAACGGGAGUUCAGCUGGGUGCGUCACAUGCUCAUCGCCGCAUUCAUCCUCGUGUUCAACAACCUGCUGGUCAUCUUCGUCCCCACCAUCAGAGACAUCUUCGGCUUCAUCGGCUCCUCUGCAGCCACCAUGCUCAUCUUCAUCCUGCCUGCUGCCUUCUAUCUACGGCUGGUAAAGUCUGUGCCGAUGCGCUCCCUGCAGAAGAUCUCAGCGGCCAUUUUCCUGGUGGUGGGCAUCAUCUUCAUGUUCAGCAGCCUGUCGCUCAUCGUGAUGGACUGGAUCCACAACCCUCCCGGCUCCGGCGGUGGUCACUAAGCACCCCCGUCCCCAGCCCCACCGAGACUGGACGCUCCCAGAGGACCCCCCUUACCUCCACCCCCUCUCACCUCAACCCCCCUCCCCUGACUGGGCCUUGGGGGUAAGGUCACCCACAGACUGAGUACAUCAGCGUACUGUAAAGGGACGGUUUGCUUUUCUCAACCCCCACCCCUUUCCACAAAGUAUUACUGGAGGGGACUACGUUCUACGACUGACACAGAAUAUUUUAAGGUCCUUAUUCUUUUUCUUUAUUUGUUGUUGUUGUUGUUGUUGUUGGAUGGUGUAGUUGUAAAGAAUCCUCCACAACAGGGACUCACCGAAAGGACACAAAGUAAUCAAGGAGGACGGUCAGAAACGGGAGAAAAGACGGCAGACGCUGUGGCUGUUGCUGCGCGCCCUGCCGUAGUGGUCUAGAUAACCCAUCAUCCCUACUCUGUGGAAAGGAGAAAUACGAGCAGGGACCUCAACCAUUAAACUGUCAAGAGAACCCAAAGAGAA